CAGAUAAUUUCCAGGUGGAUUAGAAACCUAACUUUGUCUUUACACUAUUUGAAAGUCCACUAAAAGAGAAACAUCAACCCCUACGAAACAAACCACAGUUGAGUUCAGUUAAGCACUAUUAUCAAACAUUAUUUCAAUAUUGGAAUAGAAACCCAACAGAAUCCUAAAUCCAUUGAUCCCAUCUUAAGUUGCACCCAAAGAGAGAAAGAUCCUUUUGUUUCUCUGUCUCAAUUACCUCUUGCUUCUCUUUCACUUCACUUCACUUCACUCUACUCCUUCUGUUAACUAACAACUCUCUCUCAAACUCUAUAGAUCUUUUUGGCGGGAAUUGGACCCCACAAAAUUAAAAUCUCAUCCUCCCCAACUCUUAGAUAUCUUUUCUUCCAUAAAUACAACAACUUCCCCUCUUUCUUAAUAAUCCUCCUCAACCAUUUCCAUUCCAACCUCUUUUUCCAUUCUCUCCCACAACUGCACCAAACGCACCGUACCAUCCAUAACAACAAACCACCCAAAACGGUGCCGUAUUUCUAAUCCUAAAUGCACUUCACUCUCUUCAUCCUCCUUUUCUUCUUCCACUUCCACCGGACUGUUUCACUUACCUCCGACGGCCUCGCCCUUCUCACUCUAAAAUCCGCCGUCGACGGCGUCAGCGCCGCCGCAUUCUCCGACUGGAACGAUGCCGACGCAAAUCCCUGCCGGUGGUCCGGCAUCAGCUGCGGCAACAUCUCCGGUGACUCUGACCCCCGCGUCGUCGGCGUCGCCCUCGCCGGCAAGGGCCUCCGCGGCUAUCUCCCGUCGGAGCUUGGCAACCUCCUCUACCUCCGCCGCCUGAGCCUCCACACCAACGCCUUCCACGGCUCCAUCCCCUCCCAGCUCUUCAACGCCGCCGCGCUCCACAGCGUCUUCCUCCACGGUAACAACCUCUCCGGCGAACUUCCACCUUCCGUCUUCGACCUCCCUCACCUCCAGAAUCUUGACCUCUCCGACAACUCCCUCUCUGGCAACAUCCCAAACUCCCUCUCCAACUGCUCCCAGCUCCAGCGGCUCGUCCUCGCCCGCAACAAAUUCUCCGGUGAGAUCCCGGCGACUCCCUGGCCGGCGCUGAAGAUCCUCGUCCAGCUCGACCUCUCCGGGAACCAUCUCAAAGGUCCGAUCCCGGACCAAAUCGGUGACCUCACCUCCCUCGCCGGAACCCUAAACCUCUCCUUCAACCACCUAACCGGUAAACUCCCAAAUUCCCUCGGGAAAUUGCCUGUAUCCGUGAGCUUCGAUCUUCGCAACAACGACCUCGCCGGCGAGAUCCCUCAAACGGGGUCGUUUUCGAAUCAGGGACCCACCGCAUUCCUCAACAACCCGAACCUCUGCGGGUUCCCUCUGCAGAAACCCUGCAGCGGUUCAGCGCCGAGCGAACCGGGCGCGAAUCCCGGUGCGUCUCGGCCAACCGGGAAGCGGUCCAGCAAGGGAUUGAGCCCUGGCUUGAUUAUUCUGAUUACAGUUGCUGAUGCUGCUGUUGUGGCUUUGAUUGGGCUUGUAGUGGUUUAUAUUUAUUGGAAGAAGAAGGACAAGUCCAAUGGGUGUAGUUGCACUGGAAAAAGCAAGUUUGGUAGUAGUGGUAAUGGGGAAGAUGAGAAAUCAAGGUUGUGUUGUUUUUGUGGGUCUUUGAAUGGGUUCAGGAGUGAUGAUUCUGAAAUGGAGGAGGGUGAGAAAGGGGGAGAGGAUGAGAGAGUUGAAGGGGAGGGGGGGCAUUUGGUGGCAAUUGAUAAGGGCUUCAACUUUGAGCUUGAUGAGCUUUUAAGAGCUUCUGCUUAUGUGUUGGGGAAGAGUGGGUUGGGGAUUGUGUAUAAAGUUGUGCUAGGGAAUGGGGUGCCUGUGGCUGUGAGGAGAUUAGGGGAGGGUGGGGAACAGAGGUAUAAGGAGUUUGCUGCUGAGGUUCAAGCUAUUGGGAAAGUGAAACACCCUAACAUUGUUAAGUUGAGAGCUUAUUAUUGGGCUCCUGAUGAGAAGCUUUUGAUCAGUGAUUUCAUCUCGAAUGGCAAUUUGGCCACUGCCCUUAGAGGGAGAAAUGGCCAACCAUCUCCAAAUCUUUCAUGGUCAACCAGGCUGAGAAUAGCCAAAGGAACAGCAAGGGGUUUGGCAUACCUCCAUGAAUGCAGUCCAAGAAAAUUUGUUCAUGGCGACAUCAAACCCUCCAAUAUCCUGCUUGACACAGACUUCCAACCCCAUCUUUCCGAUUUCGGUCUCAACCGGCUGAUCAGCAUCACCGGAAAUAACCCCUCCUCAGGCGGCUUCAUGGGCGCAGCUCUUCCUUACAUAAAGUCCUCACAAACAGAGCGAACUAACAACUACAAAGCCCCUGAAGCUCGAGUCCCGGGCUGCAGACCCACCCAGAAAUGGGAUGUGUAUUCAUUUGGAGUUGUAUUGCUCGAAUUGCUCACUGGGAAGUCCCCGGAUUCUUCUCCCGCAGCAUCGACUUCCAUGGAAGUCCCUGACUUGGUGAGGUGGGUAAGGAAAGGGUUUGAGCUAGAAAGCCCUUUGUCUGAAAUGGUUGAUCCAUCGCUUCUCCAAGAAGUUCAUGCCAAGAAAGAGGUACUAGCUGUGUUUCACGUAGCAAUGUCAUGCACAGAAGGAGACCCUGAGGUUCGUCCUAAAAUGAAAGCUGUCUCUGAAAAUCUUGAAAGAAUUUGAACAUGGUAUUCUAAUUUAUACCAGCUGAUCAAGGAAUAAGCCUGAGGCUGGAAUUUCUGUGAUGCACGCAAUGAAAGAUGCAUCUCAGUCCCAUGAUGCAUUUCUGUGGUAGCAUUCAGAAGAUUUUCUUGUAGGGGUAUCAAGGUGGUGUUGCAAAUAUUUCCUUCCAUCUUGGACUAGGCCCUUAACUUCUGAUUUGAAGUCAAAGCAAUUUUUUGACAGCCGUUCUCACCUCAAUUUUAUACUCUUGGGUAAAGAUGAAGAAAGUUAAUGUUACAUUUUGUUCUGAUCUCAUCAUCCCACAAAAUCUUAUUACAAUAAUUUGAUUAAUUUCACAUUAUCUUGUGCUAUUACUUGGGUUGGCAAAUCCAGAUGUAAUCUAGUGUAUAUUUUUUUAUUUUUUUAUUUCACUUUAUUAUGAAUGGCAAGUUGGCAACUCAUUGACUAUUGAGCCAGAAAAGGAACAUGUUACUUGUAUUAA